AAAUUCACGUUCAAAAUCGGAAUUUGUCGUUCGAAGUCGGAACAGUUCCAAAAGUUAGAAUUUCCGUUAGGAAUUUUUAAUUAGAAGUUGUGGGAAGUCAAGAUUUCAAGCUCAGAUAAACUUGUAUGAUACGCGUCACAAUAAUUAACUGUUUGCAUUAGAUGUAAGGUUCCUUACGCAAGUAGAUACCCACCUAAAUAAUUUAUUUUCAAGGAUUUCAUUUUUAAAUCCUGCGACGUUGGUGAUGAUUCGCAACUCCAUAUUUGCAUUACCUAGAUAGUCGACAACUGUAUAAUAAAUCAGAACUUGUGCUCACAUUUCGUCUUGUUUAAACUUGUUGCUAAGAUGAUAGUGAUAACCAAAACCUAACUAUCAUUUUUUGUUAUCAAAAUGUGUUAUUGUCGAAAUGAAGACGCACCUGUUUGUUACGUUUUCCAUAGUUUUCUUCAAGUCAAUUACUAACUGCGACAGUUACAAUAAAACAAUAGACCUAACAUGGCCGUUUAACAGCAAAACUAUUAGUUGGGGAGGUGCGCAACGCUUUGAAUUUACAAAAAGUAGUGUCGUUGAGAGUCCAUGGCUUGCCAUGAACGAGUAUGCUUCGGCGGAACAUGCAGGAACCCACAUGGACGCACCAUACCAUUUUGUUGAAGAUGGUUGGAAAGUUGGCCAAAUACCUCUUUCGUAUUUAACAGCUCCCGGCUUUAAGAUCGAUUUAUCGCACGAAACCAUGGAACACGGCAGUGGGGCCCGAUUGGAAGUGCGCCACUUAUUGGAGUGGCAGAGGCGUCACGGUCCCAUACCGUAUCGCUCCAUAAUGCUAGUAUACUUUAAUUGGGGUCGCCAAUAUUACAAUAACACGCUAGCGUAUUUGGGAGGUGAAUCUCCGGCGGAGUACAAAUUUCCUGGUAUCAGCGCAGAAGCGGCUGUUUGGAUUAGAGACAGUCGGAAGGUUAUAGGAGUCGGAAUUGACACUGCCAGCAUUGAUCCUAAUAACAGUACUGUCGCGCAUAGAAUACUUUUGCCAAAUAAAAUGUUCAAUUUGGAAAAUGUCAAAAUUCCCGGUCGAGAGCUUCCCGCUAGAGGUUUUCGCCUAUCCGUGACACCUAUGCUUAUCGAAGAAGGAACAGGAGCUCCAACGCGUAUAAUUGCUUACGUGUACUAGAUGAAUUGCAGCACGUUCCUUUAGCCAGAACGGUUGAUCUUAUUCGAAUAAAUAUGACGAUAUUGAAUCGAUUUUGAUUAACAUUAUUUCCCCUUUGAAUAAUAAACUCGUAAUUCCGACUCUGAAAUAAGGUGACUAAGAUUUUGUAAGGAUAAUCCAUGGUCGAUCAAAAUGUUUCUUUUAAUAGUGCAAAGUCAUUCGAAUGAUUGAUUCUUAUCGAGUGUUUUUAUAUCCGAUUGCCGAGUUUCAGACCUUCGCAUUGCCUACGCAAUAUUUUAUAUGCCGCCCUAUUCAUUACACCUUUUAUUUGUUUGUUUAUGUUGUUAUCUAUACAGUCUACAGAUUAGGCUGAACGCGCCC